GUUUAUUCAAAUUUAGAUAAAAGAAAGUAAUUUUUCAGCUGAAAUGCCUAAAUUAACAAUUUGUAUUUUCCUGGCUACAAUCUUAAUAAAAAUCAAAGCCCAAAAGCUGUAUGGUGAAGAUUUUGAGGAUGCUACAGACAUACUUAAUAAUGCAUUGGCCCAAUUACGACGCAGAGAUGGUCCAUAUUUAACUGUAAAAGGUAUAGAAGCUGCUUUCAAAUUUGUACCAAGCGUUGUUUAUACGUUUGAUGCGCAUAUGUUGGAUCCAAAUGGUAAACUCGAUAUGUGCAUAACGGAACUUUCAUUAGCCAGACUUGAACCUAGAAAUUCCCUAAUUAAAAUUACUUGUGAUGGUGAGGAGAAAGUUAGCCAUAUUUUAAAAGGGUCCAUUGAUGAUUGAUUACAUAAAUAACAACAUAUCACUAUAAUUAUUUAAUGUAAAUAACAAAAGUAUUUAAUUAUACAAUAGCAAUGUAUCUUUGUAAAAUAUAUAUACACAGA